AUGACGACCAGCGAUGAGAUGGGCAACUUCUGUCACGACCACAUCCAACAUCCCCUGAUGUGGUGCGAUGAGAAGAAGCGACUCGUCGAGCGUAAGAAUGCCGAGGAGAGCUUACGUAUGUGGCGUCGUCGCAAGGCUGAGGAGUGUGCUCGCAAGGAGAAGGACAAACAGGAGUACUACGAUAUGUUUCUGCAGCAUUGCCCCUGGGGCAGGCCAGGCGGGGGAGCACCCAAUGUGGAGGUGCGACGUAAGGACAUUACCGCUGUCGGACUGCACUCGACGCCAACAGUUACUACAGCCCAUCGCAUCAACUCGCUGCAACCUUGCCGCUACAAUGAUUACUUCUCCAUGCAGAAAAAGUGUCACAAAAAUCCACUGGCCGCCUAUCAUCACCAUCAUCAUCAUCAUCCGGGUGCACCGCCGCCAGCGGCGGGGCGUGGACACGCCCAUUCGAUACAUCAUCUGCAGGAGAGCGGACCACGCAGCAGCACUGUGACCAUCUGUGAGAGGGAGCAUCCCCUCAAGGCUGGUGUCAGCCUCGCCCAGAAUGCCAAUGGGCACGUGGAUAUUGAGCUGCGGUACAAACCCUCUCCGCCCUGCAAGGGGAAGCCGAUGCUCGACAAGAUUGUCGUCAACAGUGAGAACGAGCAUCUGCAUCUGCAGGAGAAGCUCGCAUCCCAGAAGAAGAAACUGCAGGCGAAACUGGAAAAGCCGCCCUGCAAGGAGCCCUGGGGUAAGGCCGGACCUGGGGGCAAACCCUGGCGCAGUCCCAAGGAAGUAGGCAACACUUUUAUGAAAUCUCUAGGCUGGACUAACAAGGAAAUGCUAAAGGAACUGGAUCAAGACAAUCCUGUGACUCCAGCAGAGAAAAACACAUUCCGUAAAUCCAGAGGAUGUAAGCCGCCCAAGCCACAGCGUUGUUGCGAUCACUGCACCUGCACCUGCCCAGCAGUGAAUGCUUCCAGUCCGCUGAAACCGUCCAGAAAGAUUGCCGCUGCAGCGCCACCUCCUCCACAUCCACAUCCGCAUCCACAUCCACCGCCUUGUGGGCUCCGAUCACCGCCCAAAGAGUGCAAACCCAUCAAGCUGUGUCCCCGCCAGCCACGUGGCCAUUGUACGAUCAGUACCGGCAACAGCACCGCCACUCCGGAUGCCAGCACGGCAACUGGCGAAGGAUUCGGUGGUGGAGGAGGGGUGGAGUUGGUGCCGUUACUCGCACGCAGACGUGGCCUGCAUCGACCCAUCAGUCUGUCCAGCACGGAUGUGACAAAGAGGACACCCUCGCAUGAUAGGUACGCACCAACCAAGCACAAGUCCAAGUCCAACAAAGAGCAGAACAUCAACAACAUCAUCAAGAACAUUAGUCACAUGAAGCGACUUUCCAAGAACUUGAACUGCAAGUUCCAAUGUUGCAGUUGCGAUUGCGUCACCGCAGCCACCGCAGUGCCGCCCACCUGUUGCCUUAAGCGACUCACACUGCACAUACGCUAG